UCCAAAUUCCAAAGUUUCUCUUUUUUUCACCUUCCGGCCACCCCACAUGCUCUUCUCUCUCUCUCUCUCUCUCUCUCUCUCUCUUGGAGGCCUAAAUUUUAAGUACUUAAACGAACUUUAAGAGUGGUGUGAAGUGUGAACUGUGAACUUCUUGAAGGUAGCGUAGUUGUUGUACUGUACUGUACUAUAACUGUCUCUUUUCUCUUCUCUUCUUGUUGAACUGGAAGAAACUACACUACAUACCCAAGAAUGGUGAAACGCAGCUAAGCAGAAAUAAUGGUAAGAGACCAUAACAAUGGGUGGCCACCAAUAGGGGCCCCACUGAACAUGCAGAGAGAUGAUCAGCAUUUCAGCAACUUCGACAGCUCCGUUAAUGCUGUUUCUUUUGGCUUCGUAGCCACUGCCAUUCUUAUCUCCAUGUUCUUGCUCAUGGCUAUCUUUGAGAAGUUCCUCAGACCCACCUCGCCGGCGUUGUCGCCGUCCGGUCGCCGGAACCGUCGCGGAGUCGAAUCUCAGAUGGGUUUCGCUGGGAAGCUCGGUCACCCAUCUCCAAAAAUGAGUGUAUAUACCAGCUGGGUUUCAGUUUUGAUGCCAGGAGAUGAGAUUCCUACAUUCAUUGCCCACCCUGCCCCUGCACCGUGUUGCGCUGAACGGAUUUCAUGGCCUUCCCAUCAGCAUAACACAUUACCUUGUUCCACUUCCAACACCCUGCCUAGUAUCAUCAACGAAGUAUGAGAGAAUUGAAUAUGACAGAAGUUCUGCAAUCUGCAUAUUGCAUCAAGGUGUUGAUGAAUUUUAUUUGAAGAAUAGACUAUUAUGGAGGUUUGCCUUCCAUUCAUUUUUACCUAGAGAAGCUCUCUGUAUAGUUUAUAACAUGUAUAUAAGAAUUAGUUUAGUGCAAUCUGGGUUUGGCAAU